CGAUUUCUUCUCCUCCUUUUCAUCAGAUUCCUUCUUCCCUUCUUCAUCAAUAUCUUCCUUGGACGAAAUGCGCUGCUACUGCUCGUAGUAAGCUAAGAAAGAUGGCUAAGCCAUAAACCUUAUUCCUCUCUCAACUCGACAGCAGAGCUUCGACCGGUUAUAUAAUAAAUGGAUCCACCUCUCUUACGACUCCAUUAACUUCCCCGCCAGCAUCAUCUCUAGCAGAUCCAACUACCAAAGCUUUUUUGCUAACCUGUCCAGCAAAGUCAUCGCCCAGGAGUAGUCUUCCUAUAGAAGAUAUGGAGGGAAUAAUGGACCUACUUCAGCUGAUUCCAUUGGUAUCAAUCGCCUCGAUCCUAUGUGAAAGAGCCACCGUUGUGGGAAAUCAACUAUGGGCCAGGAAGAGGUGGAGGGAGGUUUGGGGACCAUGGGAGAACGGGACCCGCCACCAUGUAAGUAGAUCAGGAGAGGGAGCAGUGGCUGAGGGGAGGGAUAUAUUAAAGAGAGGAGGUCGAGGAAGAGAGGAGGUGGACUGGGCGGUAGUCUCAACCGAUGGCGUGUGGUGGACUGGUGGUGGUCUCAAUCGAUGGCGCCUCUUAAGAUUUGCUGCAGAGUGUAGAGAGUUGGGGAGGAAAGGAAUGAAGAUUGAAGACAACGCAAGGCACAAGGGACGAAAAGUCUAUCGGGUGGGGAUAUUGGAGUCGGUUAGUUAAAUAACUAAUGGUUAUUAGCCGGUUAUAUCCUGGUAUACCAAGCUCUCUUGUUCCUCUACCGACAACCGGUAACCGUCGAUUAUUAAUUCGCUAACUAGUUAUACUGUUAAUCGAAAAAUCGAAUACCAACCCUACAUACAAUCAGCCUAUGGUCGGAGUAGGAAAUGUUGAGAUUGUGCACCUUGCUAUUUAUGAACAUCCCCAUCCACUUCUGAGGCCACAAUCCAGUUGCUCUUCAAUGUAGCCUUCUUAGGAUCUUUUAUUUUCCCAAGUAAAAUCAUAACCCUCAUAUCCAAGGUUAAAAACCUGAAUAAAAUAAGGCAGUCAUUAAAGUACUGCAUGCCAGCUUCAUGAGGUGUUCUCCCUCCAUGUUUCUCAUCUAUAUUAAUAAUCCUAGUUGUAAUCGCCUCCACACAGCCACGCCUCUUCUCCCUAGUUAGCCAACCUACUAAUGAGUUCCCACGUGGAUCAUUUUUCUCGAUCAUCCAGCCAUCCAUAAAUUUUGGUAAACUGCCAAAUAUUAUUUUCACCUUUAAUUACUUUCAUGUCUAAAUAAUGAAAAGAAGCUGCCAUUAGGGAAAGAUUAAGCCCUUUCUUACAUCAUAUACGUAAUCCACCAACAUGUUCACAUCAUGCAAUACUCAUAGGCUAGCUCUCACCAAUCUCAAUACUCAAUUUAUAUGGAGUAAUAACAUUCUCAUAAGAUGUUUGUUUGGUUUCCAUAAGGAAUACAACAUGGAGGGAAGCCUAUAGCAACGAUGACCUAAACGCUUUAGCUUCUCGCUUACUUCCCAGUCCUCUACAAUUGUAGUUUAGGACCCACACCUUUCUUCAACCUUUUGUUUCCUAUUUAAGAUACGAUUUGAAACAUUCUUAGAUUUUAUCGUAUCCACAAUUACCAGUCCACCCAUGACACCUCCAUUCACUUUCUUUUCUUUAUGAACCUGGCUUGUCACCCUUCCAUGUUCAUUUAUCAUAUUUGAGUUCUUAAUUGUUGCACACACAACUUCAGCCUAUCUAAUUUGUUUGAAAUUUGUCCUCCAUUCCCUUUGUGGUUCCACAUCCGCAUCCUUCUUAUUCGAUUGCUUUUUUUCUUGGGUAAGGUAUGUUGACACGAUUCUUUUUGGCCCCUCAUUCCUACAUAUCUCCUCCUCUCUUCCAUUUGCCUUGCACAAACUAUCCUCAUGAUGCAUAGUUUCAUUAGCGUCUUGCUUCACUUCAUGUAGCACUUGGAAAUGCUUUAUCCUAUGUGACUUAUCAACCAUCUUAUUCUUUUCAUUCGGUUUGAUCUAUCUUCGUUCUCUUCUCUUCACUGUCAUUCAGUCUCCAUAUACUCUCCCAGUAGGGCCGAUCAAAUUGUUUUUGGUUAGCGGGUAACCAACGGUUAUAAUCAAAAUCGGUCGGUUACCGGCUAACCAAAAGUCGGCGAAACUAACAAGCGGUCGAUUUUUAGAGGGGGAGAGGUGUGUUUCGGAUAGUCUAGUAACCGAAGGUGAUUAACCGUGAUUACCCAGAUAGCUGAAGCUAACCGACCUCCAUCUCCGAAAAUGCCCAAACGAUAUCGUGUCCUCGUCCCACCACCAUUUUCCACCACCUCUCAAAGAAAAAAAAUGAAAACCUAAUCCCCUA